AUGCUUCAUGGACCAAGUCGAGUGGCCGUAGGCACGGCGGCUGGCCGGCGUUUCUUUUCCAGCACGGCGUCUUGCGGGGCGGAUUUUACCCAUGCAGUCAUUGGCGGAGGUGUGGUUGGCCUCGCCGUAGCACGCGCCCUCGCAGAGCGAGCCGGAUCUGCGUCUUGUUCGUCGUCGUCAUCAUCGUCAUCCGUCCUCGUGCUCGAACGCCACGCCGCCGUCGGCACGGAGACAUCCUCGCGCAACAGCGAGGUCAUCCACGCCGGCCUCUACUACGGCGCCAACUCGCUCAAGACGCAGCUCUGCAUCCGCGGCCGCCGGCUGCUGUACGACUUUUGUGCCGCGCACGGCGUGCCGCAUCGCCGCACGGGCAAGUGGCUGGUGGCCCAGACGGCCGCCCAGCUCGCCGCACUGCAACGCAUCGACGCCGCGGCCAGAGAGUACAGCCGGCACCACGACGACGCCACACUCUUGCCGCUCCGCUGGGUGAGCGCGGCCGAGGCCCAGCGCCGCGAGCCGGCCGUGCGGGCGGACGCCGGCGUGCUCGAGAGCCUGGCGACCGGCAUCGUCGACAGUCAUGGCCUGAUGGCGGCGCUGCAGGGCGGCUUCGAGCAGGCUGGUGGCACGGUCGCGCUCAGCUCGCCAGUGGUGCGGAUCAGCGCGCUCGGCCACACGAAAAAGGACGGCAGUGGCGGUUGGGCCAUCCACGUGCGGCCGGUCGGCGAGGCUGAAGAGUUCACCGUCGUCGCCGAGACACUCGUCAACGCGGCCGGACUCGGCUCGGCUGACAUCUACAACAUGAUCACCCAGGGAACAGGCUCGCCCAAGGUCUCCACCCUCAUCUACCCGGCUCCUGAGCCCGGCCUCGCCGGCCUCGGCACCCAUCUGACCCUCGAUCUCGCCGGCCGCAUGCGCUUUGGGCCCGACGUCGAGUGGGUCGAUCAUCCCUACAACCUCGCCGUCCACGGUGCCGCUCGUCUGCCCCAGGCCGUACCUGUAAUCCGCGCCUACCUGCCCGACAUUGAUGCCGACGCCCUCCAGCCCGACUACGCCGGCAUCCGGCCAAAGCUCGCACCGGCCGGCCACGGCGCCGCCGACUUUGUCGUCCGCGCGGAACCCGGCUACCACGGCUGGGUCAACUUGCUCGGCAUCGAGAGCCCGGGGCUGACCAGCAGCCUGGCCAUCGGCGAGAUGGUGGAGGAAUUGCUGUACAGCUGA